AUAUUUCUUUUGUUGAGCCGGCUAUCCACUGAACCGCAGGCCAGGCAAUUUUCAGUCAAAGCAAUCGGUUGCUUCACUGCCUGACCUUUACCAACUGCCUCGGAUAGUCAGUGACCAUGCCAUCUUCGAUCUCUUCGCACACUGUGCCAAAUUUUUACGCUUGUUACUUUCUUCGAUCGUACGCUGGCAGCGGACGUGUCUUCAACAAGACAUACAUAGGAUCAACGCCCGAUCCUCCACGGCGAAAGCGACAGCACAAUGGCGAGCUCACGUCUGGUGCGAGGCGUACUUCUCGAGGGCGUCCAUGGGAGAUGGAGUUCAUCGUCAGCGGCUUCCCGAGCAAAAUUGCAGCGCUCCAAUUCGAGUGGUCCUGGCAGAAGCCACAUGUCACUCGACAUUUGCGUGUGCUACCUUCUGAAGCCGCUCGACCCGGCGUGACUCAAGCUGCGGGGGAACCACUGCUGCCUCAAACCAUCUCACGGCGAUCAAGAAAGGGCAGGUCUAUCAAUUGCGCAGUGACAAACCCGAGGAGCAAGUUCAUCGCCUUGCGAGCUCUCCUUGCCAGCGAGCCAUUCGCGCUUUGGGGCCUUAAAGUUGCCUUCUUCGCAGAAUGGGCUUACGCAGCAUGGCUGGCCGUGGAACACUCAAUCGCGGAUUCAGCCGGGGCCGAUAAAACUUCAACGAAGGCACGCACAAGCAGAGGCGGCGUUUUUUUGCCGCCUCAAACGAUAUCCCCGGCCGUGGUGUGCUGCUGGAAAGGCGUCGACGGGGCAAGGAAGUCCAUCAUGGGUCAGGCCGUUGCUGACGGAGAAGAACAGGUCAAGGCCGCAGUAUCGAAGCGAAAGAGCAAAAUCAAGGAGAGUGCUGCGGGCAAAGAAGGUGCUGGUCUAGCUUGGAAAGAAGCCGCUGCAGUGCCCAGGAAUUCUCUCAAUGAAAAUUGCAAGCUCGAAUACAAAGAUUUGCAACACGCACCCGUGGCAAUGCCGCCCUCCAGCGAGUGCGGGGGCCCAGGCGAAGCAUGGCUACGAUUCAAUGAUGAUGCAAUCUCAAAUUAUCAAUGGGCACGGUUCGAGCGGAUAUUGAAGCGAGAGAUGAUCUCCGUGGAGAGCUUGUCAGCCGGUACCCACUCGGUCAACUGUGACAAAUGCAAGAAGCAAAUCGAUUUGAAAGACCACUCCAGCUAUUCCCUUUGCGCAUCAUCGUACCUUCCGCUACACGCUCGACCUUACAACAACCCUUCUGAGACUCACAGCAAAGACAAGCACUGCGAGCACGUCUUCCAUCUCGAGUGUCUAGCAAAAGGCUUUGCUCGGGAUCCUGCAGCAACAUCAGACAGCCUUUCUCUGAGUAAAGUCAUCGAACCAACGCUUUUACCUGUCUCAGGAAAGUGCCCGGGAUGUGGGCCGUCCGCAACGAUCGGAUCCUGGUCAGAUGUCGUGCGAGGGGUCUUUAGGCGUCAAGAUCGGUUCGAGGCAGAAUUAAUCGGCCUUGCAAAGAAGCGAGCAGUCGAAGAGAAGAAACAAUUGAAAGAGGCGGAGAAGGAAGCGGCAACGCAGGCUAAAGAGGCGAUACGUGAGGAGGCGAAGCGCGCAAAAGAGCUGGAGAAGAGUGACAAGAGCGUGGGCAAGCGGGGGAAGAAGGCUACGCACGAGCAAACGAUGGUCCUCAGUGACGACAGCGCAGACGAGACGGGGAAAGAGAAAGCCGCUGUCAUCAACGCCACGGACGACGCGGCCAAUACUCAGACUCGGCCCGCUUGUGGGAGAGUUGCUAAAAAGACGCUUGCCGCCAUGCUGGAUCCUGGCUCAUAUAAGUCUGCGUCUAAGCCAGUGCCACAGCUACGAUUACCACCUGGACGUGCCGCAUCCAAGGGCAAUGAUCCUGCAGUUUCUGUAGUCAUAGAUCUAGUCACUCCCGACACAUCUGUCGGGACCGUAUAGUUAGUUUGCAGAUUGU